CGAUGACGCAGAGCACUCGUCGUGGCAUAACCAGGGCGCCGCCUCCGGUUUCGACCCACUGACUGGUCUACCCACCCCGUACCUACUAGUACUCCGCGGCUCCGAUCGGCGACAGCGACGGAGAAAAACGACGAGCGGCUCCUCUCCCCAUCCAAACCCCGAAUCAAAUGCUCACUUCCGCCACCGCCCCCUCCUCCUCCUCCUGCUCGUCCCACGCUCCCACCCGCUUCGCCUCCGCGCGCGGGCGCCGCCUCCGCCCCGUGCUCGCCAUGGCCGCCUCCGACGACCCCCGCGCCAGGUCGGUCGCCGUCGUCGGCGCCGGCGUCAGUGGGCUCGUGGCGGCGUACAGGCUGAGGAAGAGCGGCGUGCGGGUCACUGUGUUCGAGGCGGAAGACCGCGCGGGAGGGAAGAUACGGACCAGCUCCGACGGCGGAUUCCUCUGGGACGAAGGAGCCAACACUAUGACAGAAAGUGCAUUGGAGGCUAGUAGACUAAUCGACGAUCUUGGUCUUGAGGACAGACUGCAGUAUCCUAACUCCCAGCACAAGCGUUAUACUGUUAAGGAUGGAGCGCCAGCACUGAUCCCUUCAGAUCCCAUCGCGCUAAUGAAAAGCACUGUUCUUUCUACGAAAUCAAAGUUCAAGUUAUUUCUGGAACCAUUUCUCUAUGAAAAAUCUAGCACAAGGAACUCCAAAAAAGUGUCUGACGAGCAUUUGCGCGAGAGCGUUGGGAGUUUUUUUGAACGCCAUUUUGGGAAAGAGGUUGUUGACUAUCUUAUUGAUCCAUUUGUAGCUGGAACAAGUGCAGGAGAUCCUGAGUCAUUAUCUAUUCGUCAUGCAUUUCCAGGGUUAUGGAAUUUAGAAAAGAAGUAUGGUUCUCUCAUCGUUGGUGCCAUCUUGUCAAAACUAACAGCUAAAGGUGAUUCAGCAAAGAAAGGAGGCACUUCGUCAGGAAAAGGAAGGAGCAAGCGGGCCUCAUUUUCAUUUCAUGGUGGUAUGCAGACACUAGUAGAUGCACUUCACAAGGAAGUUGGAGAUAGUAAUGUGAAGCUUGGAACACAAGUGUUGUCAUUGGCGUGUAACUGCGAUGAACUCUCUGCAUCAGAUGGGUGGUCAAUUUUUGUGGAUUCAAAAGAUGCUAGUAGUAAGGAGCUUGCAAAGAACCAGUCCUUUGAUGCUGUUAUAAUGACAGCUCCACUGUCCAAUGUCCAGAGGAUGAAGUUCACAAAAGGUGGAGCUCCCUUUGUGCUAGACUUUCUUCCUAAGGUGGAUUAUCUGCCAUUGUCCCUCAUGGUAACAGCAUUUAAGAAGGAAGACGUCAAAAGACCCCUGGAAGGAUUUGGGGUCUUGAUACCCUUUAAGGAACAACAAAAACAUGGUUUGAAAACGCUUGGAACUCUCUUCUCCUCUAUGAUGUUCCCAGAUCGAGCUCCUAAUGACCAGUACUUGUUUACAACAUUCAUUGGGGGAAGCCACAAUAGAGAUCUCGCUGGGGCUCCAACGCCUAUCUUGAAACGAUUUGUGACAUCUGACCUUACAAAGCUACUGGGGGUAAAGGGGCAGCCAACUUUUGUGAAACAUAUACAUUGGAGAAAUGCUUUUCCUUUGUAUGGCCAUGAUUAUGAUUCGGCACUGGAAGCUAUAGGAAAGAUGGAAAGUGAUCUUCCAGGGUUCUUCUAUGCAGGAAAUAACAAGGAUGGGUUGGCUGUUGGAAAUGUCAUAGCUUCAGGAAGUAACACAGCGGACCUUGUGAUCUCAUACCUUGAGUCAGGCAUCAAGCAAGUUAGUUAAUAUCGACGGUGUCUAACCUAUCUUCUAGCAUUGGCAGACUAUAUUUCUCACACUAUGUUAGAUUUAAAAUGAUAGCAGUGGUUGGCAAUCUCUUUAUAAGCCUAAGCAUUAACCAGGCAUCCAGUAUUCGAGCUGUGUAAAGAUGGGCAAGGACAAGGAGUGCAAAAUAAUUCUGAUCGCCUGAAGUGUUCGUGGUUAUUUUGAACAGUAAUCAUUGACAUAUAGACUUGCUUUGGCAAUAAAACUGGAAUUUCUUGAGA